GUCUGCGGACCGGACGGCAGCAGCAGAAAAGCACCAAUCAGCAGGAAAAUCGCGUCUAAUUUGGGAUUUAACUCGAAGUGAAUGAGCGAGUCUUCACCGGAGCACGGACCUGCGCUGCCCUCACUUCACUGUGCCCCCAUACCCUCUGUGAACCGACCGACAUGCUCUCUCUGGGGCUCGCCGUGUCUCUGCUGGCCGUGUCCUGCGCGCUGUGGCCGGCUGCGGUCCGGGCGGCGUCCUGCGAGACGGUGCGGAUCCCGCUGUGCCGGUCCAUGCCCUGGAACAUGACCAAGAUGCCGAACCAUCUCCACCACAGCACGCAGGACAACGCGGUGCUGGCCAUCGAGCAGUUUGAGGGGCUGCUGGGUACUGGUUGCAGUCCGGAUUUGCUCUUUUUCUUAUGUGCCAUGUACGCGCCAAUCUGUACUAUUGACUUCCAGCAUGAGCCAAUCAAGCCCUGUAAGGCAGUGUGCGAGCGGGCGAAGCUCGGCUGUGAGCCGGUGAUGAAGCGUUACAACCACAGCUGGCCCGACAACCUGGCCUGCAGCGAGCUGCCACUCUAUGACCGUGGAGUCUGCAUCUCUCCUGAGGCCAUCGUCAAGGCAGACGGACCAGAUCCAUACCACCAGGACCCAGCCAGGUGUAACCCAGAAUCCAGUCCAGACUUCCCAAUGGACUCAAACAACCUUCACUGCAGAGGACCAGAUGGAGAUAGAUGCAGAUGUAAGUCAGUCAGAAUGAAUAUGAGAACCUAUGAGAAGAACAACUACAACUAUGUGAUCAGAGCAAGGGUCAAGGACGUGAGGAAUCGCGGUCUGGAGCCCACCGCUGUGGUGGACGUGAAGGAGGUGAUCAAGUCUUCUCUGGUCAACAUUCCCAAGAUGACGCUGACACUCUACUACUCAUCCUCCUGCCUGUGUCCUAAGCUGACUCCUGGAGAAGAUUACAUCAUUAUGGGCUACGAGGAUGGUGAAACCUCAAAGUUGCUCCUGAUUGACAGGUCCAUUGCUCAGAAGUGGAAGGAUAGAAUUGGCAGGAAGGUCAAGAGAUGGAACCAGAUGCUGCACAGGAAAACCAGUCGCCACUGAGAUCUUCUGACCUUGUGUGCGUGUGACCGUGUGUGUGUAGAUAUUGCACUAUUACAGGCUGUUGUAGCUGAAUGUAGUUCAUCUCUUCAUCUGCCACUGUUUGAAGUCAGUUUUGUCAUUUACUUCCUUUGCACAAACAUCAAUUUGUGUGUGUGUGUGUGUGUGUGUGUGUGUGUGUGUGUGUGUGUGUGUGUGUGUGUGUGUGUGUGUGGCACUCAGUUAAGAUGCCAGAGGGAGGAGCUUAAAAUUGCGUGCAGCCAUGUAUUUUUAUUUUUUUCCCCCUGCGGUGGCUGUGUUGGCUACACAGCUCCUCUUCAUGGUUACAGUUUUUAUUAAUCCUGGAUGUUGGCCAUGUUACCAUGGUGAUGGGAUGGACGACAUUUGAAUGACACGAAAGCCAUUUGGACUUGGACAUUUUGAAUACAUCUGUAGCCAUGACCUGCCUUCCACUGAGCUCCUAAGAAAAUGAAAUGUGGAUAUCUAUGCUUUGUUCAGACAGCAGUGUGAGUCGAAAGCAGCAGAAACUUGUUUUCCUGAAUAUCAUUAGAUCCAGUUAUCAAUGGAUUACUGAAUGGGCCUCAUGAGCACAGCCUUCUGUUUUGGCAAAUUCCAACUUUAAAAUCUGCAAAGAGCUUCAAAACAGUCACAUAGAUGUGUAAAAAGACAGUAAAUGACUGCAAAGACAUGGAUAACAAGUUGAAGACUAACAACCAUAUAAAGAGAUACAAACUCUGUGUGGCACUGUUUUAAAUAAAAGAAGAGCCCUUUUUAAAAUUGCCUGUAAAAUUCACAUUUUGCAAAUUUGUUAGACAUGAAUAACAAAUUUUUAAACAUUUUGUAAAGCUUUUUAUAACCUUUUUUUUAAAGCAGUUGUACGUAAAGAAUAAAACCAAAAAUCUUACUGCUUUGAUAUGGCAUUCAGUAUUAUGAUUUCUUGUCGGCUGAUGGUUUACGUGGGCAUUAUGGGGGUGGGGGGCAGAUGUAGGACAUCAGUUCCAUUAUGCUUUUGUUUAACAAAUGUUUAUUCUCCCCUCAAAUCUGACCAUCAAACAUAUUCUAACAUGCAUUUACUGUUUUGGUACCUGUUAAAAAUUAGUACUAUAUUUGUGCGACCCACACUGUGACCAAUAAAGACUUUUUUUUUUUCUAAGUAAAUUUUAAAUAGAAGAGGAAUGUGACCGUAACUUAAAGAGGGAGUUCACCCCAAAAUAAAAUGUAAUCCACCAUAUCACCGUGCAUAAGGAUGCCUGCGUCUGCUCGUGACAGGAUGUAAACACUGAUGGCGUCACCCUCGUCUGAACUGUAGUGUUGGUAGUGUCAAUGUUUCUAUGGCUGAUAUAUCCAAAACUGGACGUUCUGCACCAAAAAUAUUGAUACAUUUACAUGCACAUCUCAGUACAUGUGAAAGCCAACUGUGGGCCAUAAAACUGCAGGUCUUUAUGCAGGUUAUAUUUGCAAGUGGUCUUUCAUCAUUUGACUAAAACAAUUAUCAAUAUGUGAUAAAUUCAUAAAAUGACAGUCGCGAGUCAGAAAACACACACGAUGGCAGACAAAAAGUCCUUAAAUGUGUGCUUGUUACAUUUCUCUUAAAUUCGGUAAUAUUAAUCUGUAUUACAUGGAUCCUGUAUUGGUAUAUAUCUCUUGUGGAGCACAAAAGCCCACCAGCAUUAUGUCCAAUGCCAAUCAGAAGAAGGUGAUCUUGAAUGGCAUGCGAAGGGAGCUAAAAUAGACUGCACCAAGGCCAAGAAAAAUAAGGAUUAUCUUGAGCUGAGAAUCAUCCAAAGCUAACUGAGCAGAAUCCAAAAAUAUAAUUUUAUAAUUUUCAUUUUCAUAAUCAUGUUGGAAAUGUUAGAAAACUGAAUGGUUAACCAGUUUUAACAGUUCUCGUUUAAAAUUGUAGGUAGAUAUUAAAGUGACUUUGUAACACGUUAUUUUUGUUGCGACUAAACUCUAGGCUUUUAUUGGAGUUAUCUGUGGACACAGCCAUUGACUUUGUGCAAGAGGCAAAGUAAAAACGUAUUCCCAUUAUGAUAUUCACGUACUAUAUACUGACAUGUAGCACACAUGAAGUGCAUUACCUUGACAGAAUGUGCUGUUGGGUUGGCCACAAAAUCUGGGGAAUGGAUAUAAUGAUGAUGAAGCAUAUAAAAUAAUGGCUUUCGCACAGAUUGACAAUAAAAAAUACUCUACUGUUGGUCGUGUGACCAAGGUAAGUUGGCGUCAUUUGCCUUAAGUAUUCCCUUUUGUGUGUGUGUUUUGUGGUUUUCUUCUCAGAGGAAUGGCAGACUUUUCCUUGGAUGUCAAUCUCUUACAUCUGAAAAAUGUAUGAGCAUCACCUCUACUUUUAAAGUCAUUUGAAAAACCUUUUUGUUGUUGUUGUUGUCACAGCAGCCAUCCAAACUGUUACCAUUUCCACCUGUGCUGUCCCUACUCUGACAGAUGUGAUCAGUGAGCAAAGUCUCUUUCUUUUUUCUUUUUUUUAAUUGAACUGCAAUUUGCUGCUGCUGCUGUCUGAACACAGCCUCAGAUAAACAGUAUUCUCAUUAUCGCACAGUAACUCUGUUCAUGUAAACACACUAACACUCAGUGCCACACUACUCUGUACUAACACCCUGAUAUGUUGAAUUCUGGACUUCUCGUAGCAGUGUGAACCAUUAAACAUGAUUUAGACAAGA